UACAAUGUGUCAGAGCAAUCAUGGCUGCCCUUAACUCUUCUGAUCACAGCUUUUUUAUGAGUUAGAGAAUUACACUUUCUUUAACCGUUAUUCCAGAGUUUUGAUAUCUAAAAUUCGUUAGUAAGGCAGUUUUUUCUCUUGGCUCACAAGCUAUCAAUUGCUUUCCGCUGUAACUACAUUUUUAGCUAGCUACUACAGUAGCUGGGUCGGUUGGCGUUAGCUCUGUCUGAACAAUGACUGCAACUUCAUCGGGGGGAAACACCUGUCUAGCUGCUAAAGGCUUGGACAUCAGCCUCGCCGCUUUACAAAGACAAGACCCUUACAUCAAAAAUAUUGUAGAUGUUGCAAGUCAAGUGGCCCUCUAUACGUUCAACAAUAGAGCAAAUGAGUGGGAGAAAACCGACGUGGAGGGCACCUUGUUCGUGUACACAAGGCUGGCCUCUCCUCGACAUGGCUUCACCAUCAUGAACAGGCUGAGCAUGGAGAACCUGACAGAACCCAUCACCAAAGACCUGGACUUCCAGCUGCAGGACCCCUUCCUGCUCUACAGGAAUGCACGGCUGGCCAUCCAUGGUAUCUGGUUCUAUGAUAAGGAGGACUGCCAGCGCAUCGCCACACUCAUGAGGAAUCUCACCCAACAGGAGCAGACCCUGGCCCACCAGAAUCAGAUCCAGAAUCAGAUCCAGAUCCAGACCCAGGGCCAGGUCCAGAACCAGACCCAGGGCCAGGGCCAGGUCCAGACCCAGGGGGGCUGGGUGUCUCCCAGGGGGGUGGAGGUUGGGGGGGACAGCAAGGCUGUGGAUAUCCUACAGAUGCUCAACAAGGCCCGCAACGAGUACGACAAGGGAGAGAAGCUGAGCCCAGAGCCUAAGGAGAUAGGGGGCGUCAGUCUCCAUGACAACCCCAACCUGAUCAAACCCAUCCCAGUGAAACCUACUGACCUCCAGACAGGCCUGCAAGAGAGGCAUACACAGGACAGUGAAGGGGAGCCCAGGCGUCUCUCUCUGUCUCUUCUGUUUGGAUCCCAUCCCAAAGCCCAGGCAGUCUCCCCUGGACCAGGACCUGGCCCAGGCCCCAUCCACCCUGGGGGCCCCAGACCUGCGGUGGUGCGCUCCCUGUCCUACGACGACCCGGCCACGCCCCGGGCCCUGGCGGGGGGGCAGGGGGAGGCAGGCCCCCCCCCCCAGCACUGUCCUGCCCUUCAGAAGCUGAUGUCCAGCCAGCGAGGGGGGGUGGAGCUGCUACAGCCCCUGUCUGAGUCCCCCGAGAACAGGCUGAGUGAGAACCUGGUCCCCCACCAGCAGCCUCAGCCCCAGACCAGACCAGACCCAAUCCAGAGACUGCUCCAGGGCCACUCCUCCUCCUCUUCCUCUGCUCCUCCCUGCUGGUCUCAGCCCCCUCCUCUCCAGCAGCCCCCCCUCUCCUCCUCCCUUCAGCCCGCACAGGGCUUCACCCACCCCCUACCCCACCACCCCCAAUACCAUCCGGCGCCCCUCUUUUUCAACCAUCCUCAUCUUCACCCCCAGCCUCACUCCCACCCCCAGCCUCACCCCCAGCCUCACUCCCACCCCCAGCCUCACCCUCACCCCCAGCCUCACUCCCAGUCUCACCCCCAGCCUCCCCCCCACCCCCAGCUUCACUCCCAGGUGGUGUCCCCCUAUGAGCUGCUCCAGAGGCUUCAGCUGGUGCAGCAGGAGCAGAGUCUGCCCCCCCACGACCCCCCCAGACACGCCCUGGCCCCCCGCUUCCAGGAGCCAGCCCCGCCCCCGGGCCCCGUCCCCACCCAGCCCCACACUCCCUCCCCUGCUCAGAAGACCAGCCUGCCCCUCCAGGUGAUCUCCCCCCAGCGUAUCCCUGCCACGGUGGCCCCCAUCACCCUGCUCCUGUCCCCCAGUGUGUUCUCCCAGGCCAGGCCAGACUGCUGCCCCCCUCCCUCGGUGCUGCGGCCCCCCCAGCCCCAGGACCCGCCCAGGUUGCUGUCGAAGAGCCAGCUGCAGGCCAGCCUGCUUCACCUCAUACAGACGGACCCCUCUUUUCUGGACACCAUCUAUGAAGCGUACGUUUGUCGCCUAGGCAACAGCACGGCUCCAAACAAGUACUGACGCUCAGGAAGCCUCAACAAUGACCCCUGACCCCACCUCCUACCCCCUCUAACCCUGACCCCACCUCCUACCCCCUCUAACCCUGACCCCACCU